AUGAACAUCGAUGAGGUGAAGGCUGCUGUAUUUCGUGAUGGUAAAUAUAUUAUUAAAGUAAAACGUCACAAGACAUUUAGGAAACACGGUCCUGUUAAUCUGUGUACGAGAGAAACCUUGUACCAACAGCUCUUAAUUUUUUUCGAUUCAAUUCGCAGUCAGAUACACAGUGACUUUGAAAAUGUUUUUGUUUCAUAUAAUGGCAAGAUGUUAGAAUCUGGAGCAAUAUCGAAACAAAUUAAUAGCACUUGGAAAAGGUCCGGUGUUUAUGGUGAAAACGAUCCGCCAGUGAGGAAAAACAUCACUUCAAAUAUAUUUCAAAAGUCUGGAUCCACCAUCAUUGAAGAUAAAAAUCCAAAGCACCUCAAAAAAUACUACCGUUUGAUAGAAAAGGAAAAGUAUGCCCUUAAGGGUACAGCUGCCUUGGAGGAAACUUUCAACAAACGUGGCAAAACAAAUAUUUACGAAAAAAAGAAAACGUGGACUGAUGCCGAAGUCGGGGAGUUGGAGACUCUAUUUAAGCAGUUUUUGACUGCGAAAUCUGUCAGAAUUGGCGAUGUACGUAAUCUACGUGAAAAGUUUAUCCAUCUUAUUCAUUUGUCUGAUAGGCAGAUUUUAGAUAAAUUGAGAAGCUACUGGCGCUAUGGAGUCACGGAAGAGGAGAAAGAUGGUAAUGAUGCUGUUGACAACUCAUGCUCCUCUAUUGCAACUGAAUACAAACAAUCUGUGUCAAAAGGAGUAGAUAAGCAUCAUGGUGAAAACGAAGAUGUUGACGAAGAAAGUGAAGAUGAUGAUUAUGAAAAUACAGUUUCUGGGAAGGAAAAAAUUUUCUCGAAUGUUGAAGCUAACAUCAUUGUCGAAAAGUGUGCCGAGAUCAUUCGUUCUGGACCAAUAUCCAUCAAUAGAGUAGAACGUGCACUCGAAUCAAGCUCUGUUGGAAAACGUGUACUACAAAACUUUGACAUGUCGCAAAUACAAACAAGGCUUAAAUAUGAGCGCUUGUAGUACAGAAAAAGUUCCAGAAGAAAGUGUCUCUAAACUGUUUUAUUUCUACCUUUACUGUACGAAACAUUUAACUAUAAUUUGGUGUAGUUUCGCACACUUCUAAUUAUUUUUCCCACUAUUAAACGCUCCUCAUUGUAUGUAUCGAGAAUGUUUUCAUUUUCUUUGAAUUCUUAUGGUUCGUUAAAAAAAAGAUCUGUAGCGCACGUUUUAAUUCUUAACGGUGCUGAGACAAGAGUAUGGAUUAAAAUAAGUACCAUUUGUUAAAAAUAGUUAUAUCGUUUUGCAGUAUACAAGUUAUGUUUUAUGUGCAUCACUUGACAUUUUUAUGUAUGUUAUUUUUCUAUAUAUAUAUUUAGUUAUGCAAAAACAAUGAACAAAAUUUCCGUAA